AUGCUUGAUGUAUUGCAGUAUCGUUAUUCAACGUAUGAUUCGAGUAAACCAGCUGCUGGUAUUCUUGCUGCUAUCAUGGGUAUUUCAUUAAUUGGAUGGAUUGUUCAAUCGGUUCAAAUACAUUUUAGACCACGUCGACCUUUGAUUCUUAUUCUCAUUGCUAAUAUAACUCUUUUUAUCGAACUCAUACUACGUGCAGCUUUUUCUACCAAAACGAAUAAUUCGAAAGCUGCUUAUACAGCUCUAACAGUUCUGCUGGCCGUUAGUAUACGUAUGGUUAUGUUAUCGAAUUUUGAUUUUCUCACACAAGUAGACAAACUCAAACCGUGGAUCACUCGAGCUAUUAUUCUGGGAUCGAUUUUCCUCGGUAUCACAUCGACAGUUCUCAUGAUUCCAGCCGGUGUGUUGGCAGGUGACCCUGAUACACUCAAUACAGCCCUUCAACUAAAACAAGCAUCAUCGGGCAUCGUUCUCGUUGUAAAACUUGUCAAGAGUUUUCAGAAUUUGUCUUUAAUUUAA